AUGACUAUCACUGCUACUAGUCUACGCACUCUAUCAGCAAAAGCAUCAGGCUUAUCAGAUGAACUCCUCGAUCCACAUCGUCGACAUCGUGAUCCACAAUCUGGGAUGCGUGGAUCGGACCUACACGAAGUUCUCGAAGCCAUCAGUUCCAUGUCCAUGCAGGAUACAACUAACUCAGAAGCAAACCUUAUAAUGGACCUUGUACGAGCUAAGCGCGAAGUUUUUCGCGCACAGAAGGCACUAGCAGAGUGUAUACUACAGGAAAACGAAGUGUUGUCCAGCUUGCUCAGAUUUCGAGUAGAAACUGCGGAGACGACGCUAGACGACGCAGACAUGGGCCUGGGGUGCAUGAGACUCAUUUUCAAAAAGCACGGCUGGUCCCAUUGUCACGGAAAUCAUCUACCCGCCGGAAAUUCAUCAUCUGCUACUAGUACUACAGUUGAAGCCACUGGGGGGCGCCUCCUCACGGUCCAGCUUGAUUGA